AUGUCGUCCUCGGGCGCGUCGCAGUCCCCGCCGCCGGCUGAGAAGAUGGACCCCGUCCUGCGCAACGCCCUGCGCUACACCAUCAGCCCGCGCGAGUACCAGCUGCUGCACCAGUAUCUGCUGUCGCGCGCCCCGGCCGUGAGGAAGCGCACCAUCAACCCGCGCCGCUACAAUGCCAUCGCCCAGGGGCCCGACGACUACACCGUCGCUGCAGUGCGCGCGUCGCUGCGCCUCGGCCUCGCGACCUUCACGGGGCUGAAGGCCUGGGAGCUGGUCAAGGCCAAGCUGCUGGCGCGAGGACCCGUGCCGGCCCGCCGCCAGCCCCGCGUGCCCGUCUGGAGGUCGACCACGGUCCGUCUCAGCAGCUCGCUUGCCCUCAUCCUGCUCUUCCACCGCCUCCUGCGGCGCUUCUUCGUUCGCCUGCGCGACAGCCUCCUCACCAAUGAAGCCCGCUCGUUCCGCAAACGCAACCCGCGCGUCUCCCGCUCGCUGACGUCACGCAUGGCGCCAGCAGUGGGUUCCAGCAUGGCGGGCUUCUUCCUUGCCGUGUAUCCCGGCGACCAGCUGCGCAUCACCAUGGCCAUCUACGUCUUCACACGUGCCCUCGAGUUCUGGUACAACCACCUCGAGGACCGCGGCUGCUUCAAGAACACCCCGUCCUGGGUCGGCUCCUGGAUGCUCAUGCCCGUUGCAUACGGCCAACUGCUCCAUGCCUUCGUCUUCGACCGCGACUGCUUCCCUGACGGCUUCGGCAACUUCAUCCUAGGCAACUCGCCAGAGUACAUCCAGCAGCGACCCCUUGACCUUUCUCGAUCAGUGCGCUGGCCUGGCACCUACGACAUUGUGGACGGGCUGGCCAACAUCUCCAAGCAGCGCUGGCCGCCCUUUGUGUCGCCCAUCCUCUUCCCCAACAAGGACACCCUGCCUCGAAGCCUCACAGCCAUUGCGCCCAUCACAUCGCCCGCCCACCCAGCCAUCAAGUCGCUCUCGUGCGCCCUCCUGCAUCCCCAAGACCCGUCUUGUCUGCGCACAUAUGUGCAGUACUGGAUCCAGGCAUUCCCCAAAGUCGCCCGCUUCUUUACCAUCUUCUUCACCGCCAUGAGCCUCGCGCGCUACAAGGCGUUCCUCACCUCGCCCUCGGCAGCUCUGAACAAGCUCGCAAAAAGCAUCCUGCGCAUGUCUCUGUUCAUCUCGGGUGCCAUUGGGACCAGCUGGGGCUCCAUCUGCUUGUUCCAGAACAUGUUCCCACGCAGUUUUCUCCCCACGCAGCGCUGGUUCCUCGGCGGCUUCCUAGGAGGCCUCUGGGCGUUUUUGGAGCGCAAAGGCGGGAGAGGGAAUUUCCUGUACUGCACGCGCAUGUCGAUUGAUUCCGCGUGGAAGGUCGGCGUCAAGAGGGGGUGGUGGCGUGGUGUUGCGAACGGAGAUGUGUUGCUGUUCGUCCUCAGCUUGGCUACGGUCAAUGUGCUGUACGAGAUGUCGCCACGGUCCGUCAGCAGCGGUGUUGCGCGGAAGGGCCUGGGUGUGCUCAGGGGUGAGGGCUGGGUGGACAGGGCGGCUGUUGCCAGAGACGGAGAGCAGGACGAUGACGCCAAGGGUGUUCCGCCGUGA